AUUCGUGAAAGCGCCUCUUCUCUUUCAUUCUUCCCUUUCUUUCUUGCUGGUGGGGUGGCCUUCUGGUUGGUUCUAACUUCUGUCAAUGCGGUGUGGGUGUUGGUGUUGUUGGCAGCAAACAAAGCUCAUACCGUAAUUCCUACUUUUGGUGAAGAAAGCGGAUCAAGAAGAAGGAGAAGAAGAAGGCAGGCAGUUUAAAGGGUUUGCAUUGUUGGGAGCUCGAAGAAACCUCAGCUGCUCGUUUUAAAAUUGAUUCGUGAAAUUAAUUAUGCAAAUGGAGUCAUUGAAAGGCUGGAGAUUUGGCGCCGGUAUUCGAGAUCUGGGGCUGUUCAAUGAGAUCUUUUUACGCUGAUUCAUUCCGCAUCAGCAUCGGAUUUGUUCAUUUGAAUGUCUGCUUCGGAGAGCUCCUAUUGCCUCUAUUCAUUUUGCGAUUACCAUCGCUAGGGUUUCUCUCUAUCUAAUGCCAAAAUGACUACCAAACGCGCCUACAAGCUACAGGAAUUUGUAGCACAUUCUUCCAGUGUGAAUUGCCUCAAGAUUGGCAGGAAGUCGUCUAGGGUUCUAGUCACAGGAGGAGAGGAUCACAAGGUCAAUCUUUGGGCUAUUGGCAAGCCUAACGCCAUCCUGAGUUUGUCUGGACAUACAAGUGGAAUUGAUUCGGUAAGCUUUGAUUCUUCAGAGGUGCUAGUUGCUGCAGGAGCUGCAAGUGGUACAAUCAAGCUUUGGGAUUUAGAGGAGGCAAAGAUUGUUCGCACACUGACUGGUCACAGAUCUAAUUGCAUAUCUGUCGACUUCCAUCCCUUUGGGGAGUUCUUUGCGUCUGGCUCUUUGGAUACGAAUCUUAAGAUAUGGGAUAUCCGAAAGAAGGGGUGUAUCCACACGUACAAGGGCCACACUCGAGGGGUGAAUGCAAUCAGAUUUACUCCAGAUGGCCGUUGGGUUGUAUCUGGUGGAGAAGACAACACUGUGAAGUUGUGGGAUCUGACUGCUGGGAAGCUGUUGCAUGAUUUCAAGUUUCAUGAGGGCCAGGUUCAGUGCAUAGACUUUCAUCCGCAUGAGUUUUUGCUGGCAACAGGUUCAGCAGAUAGGAGUGUUAAAUUUUGGGACCUUGAAACCUUUGAGCUAAUUGGUUCGGCUGGACCUGAGACAACAGGAGUCCGCUGUUUGACUUUUAAUCCUGAUGGUAGGACCCUACUAUGUGGGUUGCAUGAAAGUUUGAAGGUUUUCACGUGGGAACCAAUAAGAUGUCAUGACGCCGUAGAUGUGGGAUGGUCCAGACUGUCAGAUCUCAAUGUUCAUGAUGGAAAACUUCUUGGCUGCUCAUACAACCAGAGUUGCGUUGGAGUAUGGGUUGUAGACAUCUCGCGCAUAGAACCAUAUGCAGUUAGUAAUGUUUCCAGAUUAAAUGGCCAUUCAGAAUCUAAAUCUUCUUCAAGUGGGAAUCUGUCAGUACCAAAUGAGAACACUGCUAAAGGUAGUGGGGGCCGGCUAUCCAUUUCACAAAAUUCAGAUCCUUCAGUGAAGGAAAUAAAAUCUCUAGGAAGGUUAUCAGUUUCUCAAAAUGCAGACCCUAUUAAGGAGCCAAAAGUUUUGGCACCCCCAGGAAGUGUACCUGCUACUCCUCAGAGGAUCGGUUUGAAUGCUACUCCAAAAACAAUUCCUGCUAGUUCUGUGGCAGUUCCUAGUGGAACAGCUCCGAAGAGGAAUUCCACAAAGGUGCCGUCAACAGCCAGUGUUCCAGUUAUUAACAAAUUGGAUGUGAUACCUGUAAUCGUCCCCAGAACCAAUAUGAGGUCAGAGCAAGCAGCUGAGUCCAGAAGGGAAGUUUCUGUAGCUGGAAGAGCAAUGCCAUUCACUUUCCAGUCAAAGGCUUCUGACUUCCGAAAGUUCCCUAACAUGAGAGAUGAAGUGGAUAAACUAAUUGUCUCUGUUGCGCCUGAAUUCUCAGGUUCUAAAGCUGUUGAAUUGGGAAAUGGUGCAGAUAGGAAUAUAUUUCAUGCAGUUAAAAGUUCGAUUCAAGGAAUAUCUGCUGCUGAAAAGAGCCUGAAGGAUGACAGAUUUGUUGGAUCUGGAAAGCAGGAAGUAAACUCAAUGACGGAGACAGUUGCUAGCUAUCAGCAUGAAAAUUAUGAUGCAUGUGGGCAUAAGGUGAAGAAAGAUGCAUGUUCAAUUGAAAGUGAAAGAGGAGGUAGAACGCGAUCACUUGUUGUGAAUUGGGAGAAAAGAGAAAGAUCUCCGACUUAUGAGGGACCCACUUCCUGUAUUCCCCUUGGCACUGUCUCUGCAGCAAAAAUGCUCCCUUUUAAUGCAUUUAAACAAAGAGGAUAUCUUCCAUCUUCUGAGAAAGAAAUGGUGUCUGCUAGUGAUGACGAUGGUAUUGCAGAUGUAAUGGAACAACAUGAUCAGUUUGUCAGCUCUAUGCAGUCUCGUUCAGCCAAGUUACAGGUUGUUUAUAGAUAUUGGGAAAGGAGUGAUGUCAAGGGUGUUGUUGGUGCAAUGGCGAAAAUGGCUGAUCAUGCUGUUGUUGCCGAUGUAAUGAGCAUCAUGACUGAGAAAAUUGACAUUGUUACAUUGGAUAUUUGCACUUGUCUUCUGCCACUUCUCAUAUUACUUCUUGAAAGUGACAUGGAUAGGCAUCUAAGCAUCUCUUUGGACAUGUUGCUUAAGCUCGUCAGAAUAUUUGGUUCAGUCAUUUAUUCCACGUUGUCAGCAUCGUCAUCAGUUGGUGUGGAUAUUGAGGCAGAGCAAAGGCUGGAGCGUUGCAACCUAUGCUUUAUAGAGCUUGAAAAAGUCAAACGCUGCCUACCUGCCCUUGCUAGAAGAGGUGGAUCAGUUGCAAAGUCUGCACAGGAGUUAAAUCUAGCUCUCCAGGAAGUUUCACAAACGAAGUAAUAGCGUGGAAGUGCAUUUUUUUCUGGCUUCACUUGAAUUUUUUCUUGUUGCUUUGAGGGAGUUCCUUCUUCUUGAAGACUUGAGUGCCUCCCGUUGCAACCCCUAAUAGUUUGAGGCUGUCAUGUCUAGCCCAGAUUUGCUCUGCUCUACAUGUACAUUCAUGUUAAUGGGAGGCAUUAACAAAUUGCUAAUUCUGCUACAUCAGUUGCCCCGGAAGGCUAUUGCAUAUGCAGCCCUACCUGUUGCUUGUUGCACCAUUGGCAAUGGUGGAGGCGAAUAUGUUUGGUGAAGAUGGCCACUAGUUUUCACACUCUAACCCAAUAUCUCAUCGAAUUGUAACUUUUGGGCUACAUGAUUCUGAUUUAGUUUUUGAAUUAUGCUCCUUGUGUAAAAAGAUUGGCGGUGCUAUUACUCUGCAGUGAGUUGUGCACUUCAAUAGUGAAUUGGCUUGAUGUAUUUUCUAGUUUUAAAAAAAUAUCUCAUUUGGUAAACUAGAUUUUCA